ACAAUGUGUGUGUCGGUCUACAGUCGUCGCGACGCGCGACUAAAAAACACGAAUAAAGUUUUUAAACGAAACACUGGCAGCUAACAAAAUACUAUUUAAACGAAGGACACAUCAGUGAAAUAUAAAAAAGGAAUGUUAACUCGUCUUAAAUCAGUAGAAACUGGCCAACUAAAAAAAUCAAGAUUAAAAAAAGCGCGCGCAGUCCAAUUCGAAAUUCGAAUGCGUGAUGAUUUUGUUUCUAAUUUGUUAAUUUGCUUGCACGUAAUCUGUGACUUUCAGUGAGUGUCAUUGUGUUGUGGUUAAAAAUGUGGUUUUGUGAAAAUAACACAGUUUAUUGUUUAAAUCAAUACCGCAAGUAAAUACAACAUUUUGUGAAUUACACGUGUACCGGCGCCAUCUGGAUUACUUUGACAUUGGAAUUGCUUGUAAAAGGAGCGGAGCAAUGACGACGUGACAUCGAGCCGACUCAUUGCGAACGCUGGUAGAAGAUGACAAGGGUGGGUCGACGAGCUCACGAUGGCUCCGGACGCGAACUACGAGGAGGUGGAGCGGCUCAACGCGGAGGACUACGAGCCCGGAGUGCACCAGGGCAGGAGGAUCCUGCCCGAGCUGACGGCGCCCGCGCAGGCCUGGAUAGAGAACGAAGACCUAGACCGUUCCGACAGCGUCCACAACAGCCCCGGCGAGAAUCGACGACUCCUGAGCCCUCAGGUUCACCAACCGGUACCAAAGCACAAGUCACGCCUACAAGCGGGCCUCACGCUCGGCGUAUCUAACACUCCCAAAAGACACGCAAAAUGCCCUCAAACUCCAAAAUGUGUCAAAAAGCAGAAAACCAAAUAUCAGAAGAGACGAGAAAAGCUCCUCGCUAUUCUCAAACCUCCAUACUUCAUAGUCUCCAUGAUCUUUUUUAUCGUAUGCAUCCACAUUUGGCUGCCCGAGGACGCGCGCGCCUACCUGUGGUGGACGCCGGGCGCGUGGUGGCGCGAACCGUGGCGGCUGCUCACCUACGGCUUCGUGCACGCCAACGCCGUGCACCUGGCCCUCAAUGCAGUCGUGGCCCUCGCAGUGGGGUGGUGCCUGGAGCGCGAGCAGGGCUGGUGGCGCGUGGUGUGCGUGUGGGGCGGCGGCGUGGCGGCGGGCGCGCUGGGCGCGGGCGCGCUGCAGCCGCGCGUGCAAGUCGUUGGCGCCUCCGCCGCCGUGUAUGCGCUGCUCACGGCGCACCUGCCCAAUGUCUGUCUGAGGUUCGGGCACAUUCCUCUAUGGUGGUUCCGUCCACUGAGCGUGGUGGUGCUGGGCGCGUCGGAGGCGUGCUGGGCGGCCGCGCACGCGCCGCCCGUGCCCGCGCGCGACGACCACGUGGCCUGGUCCGCGCACGUGCUCGGCGCCGUCGUCGGCGUGCCCGUCGCCUUCAUCGUCUUCCAUGGUGAGAACGACUCGACCUUAUUCAUAAAGGUGUGCCGCGUUCUUUCGGCGCUGGUGCUGACGGCAGGCAUCAUCGCCGCAGCGCUACACUUCACGCUCUGGCACGACGUAGACUAUUGAUAUUGGCUGAGUUUGCUGCUCCAAAUUGACAUGGGAUCAUCAAGGCCACCCCUGAAGACGAGCUUCGUCAAAAUGACUUGGUGAGAAACGAAAUUAUAUCGACCAAAUCAUCAGAAGAUCAAGCACUUCAGAGACGCACUAUGAAGAAGCAGAUGAUGUUUAGAAAUAGUUGUAUUUUGAUGCACUCUAAAUGAAAUUGAAAGUGGUAUGAACAUGAUUGUUUGACCACUUUGAGCUACUUCGACUGACUACUUACUGAUAUGUUAAGUUGUUAAGGCACAUUUUUAUCAAGUCAUUGUCAUGAUACGCGCCACAAGCAGAAAAGUCUAUUCUUAUUUCACUG